UCCCCCUGGUUUGCCUCUACAUUCUGAAUUACUUCUGGGCCAUGGGGAACAAAAAGUCUUGGGAUGUAGAGCUCAAUGGGGCUGUAAUUGUGCCAGAGACAAAGGCAAAACCAAGGACUGGGGAGGAUGAGCUGGAAGAACGAGGACAGUGGACCAACAAAGUAGAGUAUGUGCUGUCUGUGGCUGGAGAGAUCAUUGGUCUGGGAAACGUUUGGCGAUUUCCUUAUCUCUGCUACAAGAAUGGAGGUGGAGCUUUCUUAAUUCCAUAUGCCAUCUUUCUCUUUAUCUGUGGAAUUCCACUUUUCUUCUUGGAGACAGCCUUGGGACAAUAUACCAGUCAAGGAGGAAUCACUGCUUGGAGAAAGAUCUGCCCUAUCUUUGAAGGAAUUGGAUAUGCUUCCCAAGUGAUUGAAUCUUACCUGAAUAUUUAUUACAUUGUCAUUCUGUCUUGGGCCCUAUUUUAUCUCUUUAACUCCUUCUCAGCUGUCUUACCCUGGGCUAAUUGCAAUAAUUACUGGAACUCAGAGUACUGUGUGGACUCUCUGAAUGGUUCUGAUCCUGGAAAUAAUACUAAUGCCCCCUCUCCAGUUAUCGAGUUUUGGGAGAGGCGUACGCUGAAAAUAACAGAAGGUAUUCACAAUCUGGGCACUGUGCGCUGGGAAUUGGCUCUCUGCCUCAUGCUGGCCUGGAUCAUCUGCUAUUUCUGCAUCUGGAAAGGAGUCAAGUCCACUGGCAAAGUAGUCUACUUCACUGCCACUUUCCCUUACCUAAUGUUGAUUGUGCUGCUAAUUCGAGGAGUCACUCUCCCUGGGGCCUUAGAUGGAAUUAUAUUCUACUUAAACCCAGAUCUUUCCAGGUUGGCUGAUCCUCAGGUAUGGAUGGAUGCAGGCACACAGAUCUUCUUUUCAUAUGCCAUUUGUCAGGGAUGCUUGACAGCACUUGGCAGCUACAACAAAUAUAACAACAAUUGUUACAGAGAUUCCUUCAUGCUCUGUUUCUUGAACAGUGCCACAAGCUUUGUGGCGGGUUUCGCCAUCUUCUCUGUGUUGGGCUUCAUGGCACAGGAACAAAAUGUCCCCAUUUCAAAAGUAGCUGAAUCAGGUCCUGGCCUAGCAUUUAUUGCCUAUCCCAAAGCAGUAACCAUGAUGCCUGUAUCUCAGCUGUGGGCCUGUUUGUUCUUCCUUAUGUUGAUCUUCUUGGGGCUGGAUAGUCAAUUUGUCUGUGUCGAGAGCUUAGUGACUGCCAUUGUUGACUUGUUCCCGGAGGUCUUCCGUAAGAAAGGACGUAGAGAGCUGCUGAUCCUGGGGAUUGCUGUGAUUUGCUAUCUUAUUGGCUUGCUGCUGGUCACGGAGGGUGGGAUGUACAUCUUCCAGCUGUUUGAUUAUUAUGCAGCCAGCGGCACGUGCCUUCUCUUUCUUGCCAUCUUUGAAGUCAUCUGCAUUGCUUGGGUUUACGGAGCUGAUCGGUUUUAUGACAAUAUUGAAGAUAUGAUUGGCUACAAACCCUGGCCCCUGAUUAAAUACUGCUGGCUCUACCUCACACCUGGAAUUUGUUUGGCUACCUUCCUGUUUUCCCUCAUUAGAUACCAACCCCUCAAAUACAACAAUGUUUAUGAAUAUCCUCCGUGGGGGAUUGCAGUGGGUUGGGUGUUGGCGUUGUCCUCUAUGAUCUGCAUACCAUCCUAUAUUAUUAUCAGCUUCCUGAAAACCAAAGGAUCUUUCAAAGAGCGGUUAUACCAGCUCACUGCUCCAUCAGAAGACUUGCCCCAGCCAAAGAAGCAUCUAAUUGGCAGUUCUGAAAUGGGAUCCCAGCAUCCAAUUAAGGAAGUGCUUGGCAUGACGGAGAAGGAAACCAACUUCUAGUGCUUUUUGACACUCUAGAAGGGUCUCUUCAUAUUUCUGAAGACUUCUGCUUAUAUCCAGGCUGAGUUCCCUUUGAGGUCUUCCUUAUUCUCUUCAGAUGUCAGCAAUUUCUAAGAACCGAUCACUGGAUCAUUGUUUUCCAUCAGUACAAGAGCAGCUGUAAAAUCAUCACAGUGAUGAUCAUGGCUCAGGAUCUCCAUGAAAACCUUUUCAUUGACAUUGUCAGAGAAUGGAGCUGUCACUUUGUGAAUGCUGCAUAUACACUCUGUCCUUGAACUGUGUUGUGUUCUGUUUGCAAGAAUUAAAUACGCAGCAUGAUCAGCAUGAAAAUCAUCCAUUGAAGCUGGUCAACCUCAAUCAUCUUUUCUUUAAUUGUUUUUCCAGUGCUACCUCCACUCUUCGAUACAAUAUUAACAAUUCUGUGAAAACCCUAAUCCAGGAACCUCUUAGAUUAGCCAGAUUUGUACUCUGUGACAGCAGGAUGAAUGCGUCUUAGACAAAUUUGAUGGAUUACUUUUUUCUAUUGUUCUCAAUGGUUUACAUAAAUCUGCUACAGGUGAGGGCUUUUUUCAACAAAUAUCAUACCAAUCUGUUUGGACUUUCUAAAUUAAAGUUGAUUGAACAGUCUCUCCCACUGGUGACAGCCCAGAGGAGGGAAAGGUGGCAAAUUGGAAGCAAAAUAAUUUUGUGAUAUACUUCUUUCACAUUCUCUCCUUCAUCUCUUGGAGAAAAGAUUGGCACUGAAAGGCUGACAGUCUUUCAGUUUGAAUAUACCUCAUCUGACAGUGCUCCGUGUUGACAUCCUUGAGUUGUUGGAAAACUAGAAAACAAAAUGUGACUUCAGUGGGAACUGCUGUAAAAUGAAAUGCCAAAAUUGUCUUAGUGUGUGUGUGUGGGGGGGGGGAAACAUAUAAGAAAUAACCAACUUGAGAAUGACCCACUCCUGGACACUUAUUUUGCCACAGCAAUGCAAAAACUUGCAUAUGAUUUAUAACGCAAAAGCAAAAAAUAAGAAAUGAAACCUACAAUCAGCCAGAAGAACAAGAGUUGUGCAGAGCGAGCUGAUUUGCCUGCCUUUAUUUCUUAUGUAACUGCUCUAUUUUUUAAAAAGACAAUUUAAUAUGCUCUUAUGCAGCAUGAACGUCCUCAGAAUUUUUCCCAUGGCACUUAGGACUCCUACAAAUUGACAGAACUUUUUGUUUCUUUGCAUCUGUUUUCAGAAAUAUUGUGUGUCCCAAGCAAUUCACAGUUUUCAAGAAACUGUAUAUACAAUUGAAAUCAUUGUUCCUUGCUGUAAUAGUGCUUGUAAUUUGACUUUUUGGCAGAGGUGUUUCUGGAGGGUAUAAAAAAACCAAGAUGAUGACCAUAAUUGUAUAAUUGAAGCCUGGCCCCCCUUUGUACAUGUGUUGCACAAGGGAUGCAUGUAAAAAGGGGUGGGCCUUCAUUAGUGUGAUUGUGGUCCCCAUUUGGAUUCCCUCUUACACCCCUAGUUCCAGCCUAUCUUUAAAUAAUGAAGCCCAAGGAGGAAAUUUUCUAUUGUUACCAGGUUGCAUGAUGCUAUUUCAGACUACAGUAGAAAAAGGUAGCUUACUCUUAAGAUUUAUUUGAGAUUAAAUAUUAUAUUCAUUUACCUGCGAGUCAGUAAGGACAGAUAAUCCUCUAUUUACAACCAUAAUUGAGCCUAAAAUUUCUGUUGCUAAGUGAAACAUUUGUUAAGUGAGUUUGACCCCAUUUUAUGACUUUUCUUGCCAUAGUUGUUAAGUGAAUCAUUGCUGUUAUUAAGUU